AUGAAAGACCAGAAAGAUAUCGUGGGCAACCCACACAUUGGCGGUUCUACCGGCGAUCCCUUCACUAUCAGCAACGCCUUUAACGCGGCCCAGACCGUGACCGUCUGGAUCGCCAAAGGCACCCGCUGGAGCGAUCGAGACCAGGUCAAGGCCAUCAAGGUCGUGUACGCGGACGGCACGGAGCGUGCCUCCGGUAACCAGACGGGAACCUCGCACUCGUUCAAGUUUGACUCCAAUGAAAGAGUCACGUCGAUGGGUAUCUGGACGGGGGACCGUGUCGACAAGAUCAAGUGGGUAACUAAUCACAACCGUACCUUUGAGCAUGGCGGUUGGGGCGGUACGGAACAUUUCGAGGAGCUGGGUAACGGUAUUCUUCUUGGCUUCUCGGGAACCACGGAUUCGCAUGAGCUCAUCUCACUUGGAGCCUCGUUCAAAGAGGACUCUGACUAA